UUCUUCUCCUCCUCCUCCUCCUCCUCCUCCUACUCCUACUCCUCCUCCAAAAGCAAAAGCAAAUGAUCACACCAAUUUCCUCUUUCCAUUCACCACAACAUCAAGAAACCCACCGCCUCAUAUACCCUAUUCUCAUCAAUCCAUUGCGCCAUUCUCAUCAUUCCAUCCUCCUCCUCCCCAUGCCCACCAAUCGCACCCCCACCGCCUCAUAUACUCCAUCUUCUUCUUCUCCUGAGCCUUUUGACAGUGAGCGAGUUCCUGUCACCAUAGGAACUGACAUUCGUGGCUUUCUUCGUGUUGAGAACCGGGUUGAACCCGAUGACCCUCGUAUUGCUAAUCUCUACCAUAGGAUUGCUUGUUUUUACCUGGGAAAGUGGCUACCUUCAGACUGUGACAAGAACUUCAAAAUAUGUCCAACCCGUCCACUGUCCAGUUCUAAGCACAACUUAUAAGCAUUUCCCUAUCUUUAUUUGAUUUGAAUUCAACACUUACAAGAAAAUAGCAGCACCCUAUAAACUACAACACCCUAAUUCUUAUAUGUACGUUUUGUUCUCAACUUAAAACUUUGAUAAACUUCCACAUAUUAGUUCUGUUAUGUGAGUUGAAGAAAUUUACUCCUUAGUUGAAGGUCAAAGACGAUGCUUUCAUUUUCUUGAGUGCAAUUAAGGUUGUACUACUCUGUUACUCUGAGAGUGAUUUGUGUUUUGUAUGAAUCAGAAAACCGAAGUGAUAAAAAUUUCCUUGUUAAAUUGCAGUAAACUUUUAUUUCCAUAACCUCUUGAAAUAUACAAGGUAUCUCUUGAUCUCAUUUUUGUAUGUGUUAUCAUGUUCUGUAAUUGUGACAGCUCCCUCUUAUUAUUGUGUUUUCCUACCAACAGUCAAGGCAAUUGAA